CAGUAGUUCAACUCGUAUACAAUAUAGACAAGUAACUAAAUUAGGUUCUUUAAUACAUGUUGAAUGAUGAUAAAUGCCGCCCUUCUUGUUUGUUUUUAACGACUUAUAUUUUGAAACAAACACCGGAAGUGUUUGGGCGGGGUGCACUCUAACAGGGUAAUUUACUGUGCGCUGGUGGCAACUGUUGUUUUGUAAACACAUCAUAGCGACGUAGUUUUUAUUUUAAAUCUGGACAUAAAUACGGUAUGCCCCCGGAGCAUACAUCUGACAGACGCUAUCGGUGUUGUUGUAUGGGUGUCUCUUCUGGCAGGCCGGUACAGACUAGAGUUGUUGGCCGGUUAGCAAGAAGAAGCUAACCACAGUCAGCGUUUAUGUGAUGGAUAACGACUACUUACUCGCCCUUCAUCUUCAAGAGCAGUUUAACAGCGAGUACGAGGCGCCUGUUUUGUCAUCUAACGACUUUGGACAACAUGCCAAGAAACGGAAAGUUGAAGUCAGUGGCGGCGCGCUUAUGCACUGGGAGCGCAGUGUGCAGCCCGAGAGGCCUCUGUCCAUCGUGGAUCCGUCCUGGGAGACGCUGGACCCCACUCCGGAUGUCAGGGCCAUGUUCCUGCAGUUCAACAACAGGUUCUUCUGGGGAAAACUCAACGGUGUGGAGGUUAAAUGGAGCCCUAGGAUGACACUGUGUGCCGGCGUGUGUUCGUAUGAGGGCCGUGGUGGACUUUGUUCUAUCAGGCUCAGUGAACCUCUACUCAAGCUCAGACCCAGGAAAGACCUGGUGGAGACUCUCCUCCAUGAGAUGAUCCACGCUCUCCUGUUUGUAACCCACAACAACCGAGACCGUGACGGCCACGGGCCCGAAUUCUGCAAGCACAUGAAACGCAUCAACAUAGACAGCGGGACAAACAUCACAGUGUACCACAGCUUCAACGAUGAGGUGGAUGUGUACCGCCAGCACUGGUGGCGUUGUAACGGGCCCUGCCAGAAGCGCAAGCCUUACUUCGGCUACGUAAAGAGGGCCAUGAAUCGGGCCCCUUCAUCUGUGGACCCUUGGUGGGGGGACCACCAGAGGACGUGUGGGGGUACCUACAUCAAGGUUAAGGAGCCUGAGGGGUACGGCAAGAACAAAGGCAAGAAGGAGGCUAAACAAGACAGAAAGACACCUGCCAAAGAAAAGCCUUCAGGGUUUGUCUCUCAGGAUAUUCGGGACAUCAUCCCAUUCAGUGGCAAAGGCUUAGUCCUCGGUGGGAAGCUGGCCACAUCUUCAGGCCCUUCUCCAUCUGCGCCUUCAACCUGUGUCAGUAAACCCCUCCCACCUCCCUUCUCUCCGAAAAGUCUUCACAACAAGACAGGAGUAGGACCGUUUCCAUUGCUGGGCCAAAAGACAGCCCCCAAGAAGUCUGUAGGUAACACCAGAGUGUUUGUCAGCAUCAACGGCUCGCCUAUGAGAAUCUCCAAACCUUCUUGUGGUUCUGAUAAAAGUGCCACGCAGCCGUCAAUCGAGGACCUGUUCAACAAGUCAGCAAGACGUUUGUCCCUCGCAGACUCACAAACUAAUCUGACUUCUGUCGCUUCUAAUAACAACAAUGAUCGCGUCAGCACAUCAUCUACACAGCGUCCCAAAUGUCCCUUGUCGGUCCCGAGCACUAGCACUGCUGCCAGCGAGAUGCCACGGUCCAAAAAGAGGCCGCUGGAGGACUCUUCCAGCAUUUUUGACCUCUUCAACAAGAAGCUCAAGUCAAUUGACUCAAAGAAGACACUAACGCCUUCGGCACCACAAGCUAGCUCCGCCUCCUCAUCGGCAUUCUCCUCCUCUUCGUCGUCCUCUUCUUCUAUUGUGGUGAUGGUCAACUGUCCCGUGUGUCAGGCCAGGGUGCAGGAGACGGACGUCAACCAGCAUCUUGAUUCCUGUCUCUCCUGAGCGAGUACGAUCCCAGGACAGCCAUUUCAUUAGGUGUACCUUAUGAAACGGCUGGUGAAGUUUCCUCCAGGGAUGUUUGGUGUGGGUUUUAUUUUAUAAAUAUAUAUAUUUAUAUAUAUAUAUAUUUGGUUUUGCACUUUUAUCAGUGUAAACAUUUGAUAUCAUGUGCUCUUUUAGUGUUGAAACACUUUGCCUUAAUUCACAAUGAAGACGACAUGUUUUCUUUAUACAAAAAAAAGUUUUGACUUGUUACUUGAAGUCAUUUCCAGCCCCAACAAAGAAACUGCGACGUAAUCGUCCUUCACCUCAGCAUCAAGCGCCUCGUUGGGUAUGUUAUUCUUGAUGUCACUGAGCCUUUUCUGCUACUUAAUAUUUAUAUUUGUUACACUCUCUGUUGUUUUUUACUGCUAUUUUAAUGGCUGUUACAGUUUUAAAGCCAAAUAAAGUUUAUUAUAUUGAAAAUAUGUUUUUUAAAUAAACACUUACUGACUGC